AUGUCCCUCGAACCACCAACCUACCUCACCUCGUUGCAGAACAACAUCAGAGCUCGACCGAUACCAUGGGAGGGCGCAGUACGGGCAGGAAACAUUACGGAAGAGCAGCUGAAACGGGUCAAGGCUGUUGAUAAGGUGCGGAAGGACUCGAGACAAAAGACGAUUGAGAAGGAUGUGGCGGCAUACACUUCGCUGCUGGCCGGAAAUGGGUCGGAGAAGAGCAUCUUGGAGUCUGCUACUCGACGGACUGAUAUAAUACAGUACAUUCUCGUCCUCGCCGGAGAUCUAAUUAGUGAUGUACCGGCUCUGACAUCAGCUCUGGUGGAGAGCAGCGAGAGCUAUCGACACUUCCUCCCUCUCCUUACCAACUCGACAAACUCGGAGGAUCCGAUUCCCCUGCUCACCUCGUCCCUGCUGGCCAACCUUGUCUCGGCCUCGCUCAGAGCUACCCCCAAGACAUCUCCAAAGGACGAAGUUGCCCUGCCCAAGCUCUAUGCUUACCUUUCCACUUUGACGAAGAGUGCGGAUACGGGGCUACAGGAUAUAGGAGUGCAAGGAUACUCCGCUUUGCUGCGGACAAAGAGAUCAAGAGAAAUCUUCUGGAAGGAGAGAAAUAACACCGUCGAACCACUGAUCGGGAUUCUGCGCGCCGCAGCUGGACCAACCAAGGAUAACGGGUCCUCUCUAGGUGGAAGUCGAGCUGGGGAAACCGGUAUUAGCGGCGGAGUUGGGAUCCAGCUUUUGUAUCAUGUGCUUCUUGUGUUGUGGCAGUUGAGCUUUGAGGGAGACUUGAUUGGUGCCCAGCUUGAAUCGUGA